AUGUUUCAUCAAUUCAAGGCUUGUAAGGCCCAUAGAGAUUAUCUUAGGUUUCUUUGGUGGGAGGAUGACGACUUUGAAAGGUCCCCUACAGAAUUUAGAAUGACUGUGCAUUUAUUUGGAGCAACUUCCUCCCCAGGUUGUGCUAACUUUGGAAUGAAGAAUAUGGCUUCCGACAAUGAAGAACAGUUUGGGUCUGAGAUAGCUGACUUCAUAAGGCGUGAUUUUUAUGUUGAUGAUGGGUUGUGGUCUGUAUCUUCUGUUCCUGAAGCUGUCAAUUUGAUUAAGAAAAGUACUGAGUUAUGCAGUAAGGCUGGUCUCAGGCUCCACAAGUUUGUCUCUAAUUCUAAGGUUGGGAUACAGUCCCUCUCUGAGUCUCGAGAUGAAGAUCUCAAAAAUGUUGACUUGACUGGUGAUAACUUACCUGUUCAGAGAACCUUGGGAGUCCUUUGGUGUUUAGACUCUGAUACAUUUCAAUAUGAGAUUGUCUCAAACAAUCGCCCUCUCACAAGAAGGGGUAUCUUAUCUACAGUCAGUUCGAUAUAUGAUCCUCUUGGUUUUAUAUCUCCAGCGGCUUUAUCCGGAAAGCAAAUUCUGCAGCAGAUGUGUGCAGACCAGGUGGGUUGGGAUGACCCCUUACCAGAAAGUCUAAAUGGCAAGUGGGUGAAGUGGUGCGCUGACCUGAAGAAUCUUCCUCUUUUGAAGUUUCCAAGGUGUGUUAAGCCUGAAGGUUUUGGCGACAUUAGAAUUACUGAGAUGCAUCAUUUUUCCGAUGCAAGUAGCUAUGGGUAUGGGCAGUGCUCUUAUAUUCGUUUGGUGAAUGAUGUUGGCCAGGUGCAUUGUUCGUUGUUAAUGGGCAAAUCUCGUGUUGUACCUUUAAGACCCAUCACAAUACCACGUCUUGAAUUUACAGCAGCUGUGCUGUCAUUUAUAAUUUCCUCACUUUUGGAUCAAGAACUUGAGUACUCAAACCUUAAACCCUUUUUCUGGACCGAUAGUAAGGUUGUACUGGGAUAUAUUUGCAACGAAGCAAGGAGAUUUCAUAUAUUUGUCGCUAACAGAGUUCAGCAAAUUAAAGAGCAUACAAACCCUAACCAAUGGAAUUAUGUUGUCUCUGGUGAAAAUCCUGCGGAUUUGGCUUCUCGAGGUGCAUCUGUAGCAGAGCUAGCUAAGAACCCUAUGUGGCUCAAUGGUCCAGAAUUUCUCUGGAAGCAGGAUGCAAUUUCAGCAAAUACCGGUGCACAGUUUUCAGUAUGUCCUGAUGACCCAAAGUUAAAACAUGUUCAAACAUUUUUGCCAAAUGCAAAACCACCCUGCUUCAGUUCAUUGUUGGAACGGCUUGUUGGAACGGCUUGUGUACUUCUCUGA